AAAUCGUAGCAAACGUGCUGUAGGUAGCUGACGUAGUUGCAGUCUGUUGUGGAACAUCAAAAGAGUUGGUUUGAGAGUUCUGUGAUUUGUAAGACACAAGUAUUGUCGUGUGAAAUGGUGUAAAGAAGUUAAAAUAAAUUAUUUCGGACAAGUUUUUAAAGUAUAUUCGAAUGUAGUACACUCAUAUUUAUCAUUUAUCUCAAUCUCUAUCGAACGAAUUAUAUUACGAAAGCGGAAUUAAUAAACGCUAGCUGUCUUUUUUUAUUUUACUAUAUCAGAUAAAGAAAAUCCGUGAUAUAAAAAAAAAAAACAAUUGUUAACUCAGUGUAGUUCAAGUUUAAAUAUAAUUAUUGAACUAAUUAAUAUCAGAACGAACGAACGAACAGUUGAUGUAAACGAAACAGUAACGAUUGAAUAGGAAAAUAACGAAAUAGAAUAGAAGUGUGGAAACGAGAGUGUGAAAAUUUCGAAACAAGCAAUUAAUAAUUUCUCCAAUAAAAAUGUGGAAUCAAUCAGAAAAAAAUGAGCCAAUGGAUAACCAUGUUACAGAUUCCAAGACACAAAUUGGUCAACAAGAUUCAGGAAUCAUUGAUUCUGGUUUCAUUUCAUCUGGAAACUUACUUCUGAGUUCUACUGAACUUAGUGGAGAACUUAUGAACUCAUCAAACUCCAUAAACGUUGAAGAAGAGACCGUGGACGGAGCAUCGUCUGAGUGUCUUGAUAAUAUUCCACUCACAGUUGAAAACAUGAGGACCGAUAGUGGACUUGACCUCGGGCUCAGUGAGAGUCUCAGUCACUUGACUUUACGACAAAUCACUCUAAAUUCUCUCGGACGAUCACAAAAAGUUCAAAAUGAACCAAUUCUUGAACCUAUCACUUCAAAAAGUGAGGAAGAAAAUACUGCAGCUGCUCCAACUGAAAGUUUCGGUCAAAGAGAGCCAGAACCAUGGGAAAUCUACUAUGCCCAAGACGAAGAGGGUGAUACACAAUUACAUGUAGCAAUUAUUCAAGGAUGUUUUGAAGUAGCAGCAUUUAGCCUAAUAAAAAUGGCACCGCAUCCUUGUCUGUUAGACAUUGUUAAUGAUGAUGGCGAAGCACCUUUGCAUCUUGCCGUUCUAACUAAACAACCCAGAAUAGUUAGACGUUUAAUUUUGGGAGGUGCUAACCCUGCAUUACGAGAUUGCCGAGGUAAUACUGCCCUUCAUAUUGCCUGUUCAAUCGGAGACCUCUUAGCGGCUCGGGCCCUUACUGAACCUUUAGCACCUAUUGAAAGAAACUACCUGGGACCACACAAAAGAAUUCCAGCUUUACCUCAGGAUUUGGAACAACGUAAUUAUCGAGGUGAAAUGUGCCUUCAUGUAGCAGCUGCUCGGGAUCAAGUUGAUAUUGUGAGGUUACUUCUACGACUUGGAGCUGAUCUGGAAGCAAGAGAAGGUUUAUCUGGCAAAACUGCACUUCAUUUAGCUAUCGAACUUGGCUGUCGAUCAGUAGUUCAAUUUUUAUUGGAAGAAUGUCGACCAUGUUUAGAUGCAACUACUUAUGCUGGUGUUACAGCAUAUCAAAUAGCUAUUUACCUAGACACUUCACUCGCUCAUCAAUUAGUUUCUCUUGGUGCAACACCAGAACCUCUUCCUGAAGAUGAUAGUAGUGAUAGUAGCGAUGAUGAAAAUGAUUCGUUUAUGUUAUCAAGGUUAAGACAGUCACAAGUUGGCGUUAGGGCAUAAUAUAAUAAUUUUAAUAAUAAUUAUAAUGAUAGGAUUAAUAAUAUACUCGUGUAUUUUCCCAUGUAAAUAGUCGUUUCAUCCGAAAAAAUGGAUUUUAUACCAUAUAAAAAAUGUAGAGCGAACAAUCUCAUUUUUCAAUAAAACAUUUGUUUAAAAACAA